AUGCCUCGGAUAAUGUAUAUUUUAAGAACAUCUCCCACCUGGAUGUUUCAUGACGAUGUAGCGAAAUUAGAUGACACACUCAAGUUAGCGCUGGAGUCAAUAUUAAAUGUACAUCUGAAUGAGGCGCAGUGGACCCAGGCUGCUCUUCCGAUACCUUUUGCUGCGGAGGCAUUUGUCAAGUGGUCAUCGUUUUGUCAGGGUACGGAACCGCCAAGCAAUCCUGCGACCCAAAGAGGUUGGGACGACAUCCUAUGUAAGAAGGUGGUUGCAGAUUUGCUGAGCGAGGCUAUUGGCUCAGAUUUAGCGCGCCUCAAGGCCGCAUCUAGAGCAUUCCACCGCGAACACCGCCUGCGGUCGACAGCCGAGGCUGUCCCCUCCUUGGACCUGAAGGCCCAGGAGCCGAAGCUUCCCCUCUCGAAGCUUAGGUUAGAGCUCAGCGACCGCGACCAGGAGUUGUUAUUAAAUGACAUCGAAAUAUCAAGUGUGCCGGAGAGUCAUGGCGAAAAUGUGAUGCAUUUAGUGACAACGCUUGGCCAAAAGUUGGGGGUUGAACUCACCGAACACGACAUCGUCGACGCUAUGCGUGUGGGGCGCGCGCCCCAGCUUGAGGAAGGUGUUCACGGGCCGGCAGCGCGGCCGCGGCCGCUCGUCGAGCGCCUGGCGCGCCGCGCCGUCAGGGACCGCCUGCUCCAGGCUGCGCGCGUGCGCCGCGGCAUCACCACGGAAGGCGCCGGCAUCCCUGGGCGUACGUGCAGAUUAUAUGUCAACGAGCGGUUGACGCCCCAAAACCGACGACUCCUUUACAAGGCGCGGGAGCUGAAACAGCAGUACUCCUGGCGGUAUGUCUGGACCCGCGACGGUAAAAUCUUCGCACGACAGCAGGCUGGGACGAGUUCGCCCCGAUACCGCAUACGCACUGAAGUAGACCUGGAGCGUGUUUUUGGUCGAUGA